CCGAAAAAUUUUAAAAAGAAAAAAAAAAACUUAAAAAGAGAAAAAAAAAAAAAUCAUCGUCGGAAAUGGCGACGGUGGCAUGGAAGCAGCUCCUUCUGAACGCUCUUGAAUCCAACUCUCAUCUCAAGCACUCUACUUUCUUUCAGCUCGCAACGGUUGGAACCAACGGAACACCUUCCAACCGCACCGUUGUUUUCAGAGGAUUCCAAGACAACACUGAUAACAUCCAAAUCAACACUGAUGCCCGCAAUCGCAAGAUUGAAGAGCUCAAGCGUUGCCCCUCUGCUGAGAUAUGCUGGUACUUCACAGAUUCUUGGGAGCAAUUCCGGAUACAUGGGAACAUAGAUAUCAUUGACGGAGUGAAUCCUGACCCACUGAAACUUCAGUUCAUACUGCAGCAAAGAGAGAAAUCAUGGUUUGCGAAUUCACUGAGAUCAAGGUCACAAUAUUUAGGGCCGAACCCUGGACUUCCGCGUCUAAUCGAGCAAGCACAGCCAGAAGUAUCUUUAGAUCCUUCUACCGGUCCAGUUGAUGCUUUUUGUCUGCUGAUCCUAGAACCAGAUCAGGUUGAUUACUUGAAUCUGAAGAGUAAUCAGAGGCUCACUUUCAAAUCAGUUGUUAGUGCUGCCACAGACAAAAGCUGGGUUAUGGAAAGGGUCAACCCGUAAUCAAGUUCACUGUCGUAUUUAGACUUCACUUUAGACCAUUCAUUGCAUGUUUUGAGUAUAGGAGGCAGGACUGACCAGAAUGUUCCAGUCAGACUUUCAUCAUACAACAUACAAUAGAUCAGCAUUUGUGCCUGUAAAGGUUCUGAAAAGUUUAAUGCUGUACUUUUUUGAUACAAACCAUUAUAGAUUGGAUUGGAAUUAGCUUCUUGUGUAUAACAUCUUGUGGAAUAACUAUUUAUCACUUUGAUUUACAAUCCAUAUUUCUAUGUUUUUGUUCUAAAA